UGUUGUGGCAGCGAGCUGAAGUGGACGGGAUCUUCUAGAAACUUUGACAAGAACAACUUUACAUAUUAUUAUUAGUAUCAAGAUGUCGUCGCCACUAGCGAAGCCUCAGAUCAUCGCGCACAUCCAGAAGGGUCUGAACUACACGGUGUUCGACAGUAAAUGGAUCCCGUGCAGCUCGAGGUUCGUGUGUUUGGGGAACUUUCCGAGAGGAACCGGAGUGAUGCAGAUAUACGAGGUUCAGCACGGAGAGGCUCAGCUCAUCAAGGAGGUAGAGAAGCCUAAACCCAUAAAGUGUGGCACAUUUGGGGCCUCCUCUCUGCAGCAAAGACACAUAGCUACUGGGGAUUUUGACGGAAAUCUCAAUAUAUGGAACCUGGAGAUGCCCGACGUCUCAGUGUACUCAGUGAAGGCCCACAAAGAGAUCGUGAACAGUAUCGAUGCUGUGGGCGGUCUGGGGAUCGGCGAUGGCGCCCCUGAGAUAGUCACCGGGAGCAGAGACGGGACAGUUAAAGUGUGGGAUUCCAGACAGAAGGACUCGCCCGUAGCCAACAUGGAGCCCAUGGAAGGAGAAACCAAGAGGGACUGCUGGACUGUUGCAUUCGGCCACGCCUUCAACGACCAGGACCGCUGUGUGUGUGCCGGCUACGACAACGGGGACAUCAAACUCUUUGACCUGCGGAACAUGUCGCUCCGGUGGGAGACCAACAUCAAAAACGGGGUGUGCUGCGUGGAGUUUGACAGGAAAGACAUCAACAUGAACAAGCUGGUCGCCACCUCGCUGGAGGGAAAGUUCCACGUCUUUGACACGAGGACCCAGCACCCCACCAAGGGCUUCGCCUCCGUGUCAGAAAAGGCCCAUAAGUCGACCAUCUGGCAGGUGAAGCAUCUUCCCCAAAACAGAGAAAUCUUCAUGACUGCAGGGGGAGCAGGGAACUUACAUCUGUGGAAAUAUGAGUAUCCGGCUCAGAGAAGCAGGAUGGACUCUGAGGACACGGAGGAGGGCGUCGCCGGCUCCGUCACCCUCCUGCAGAACGCCACUCUGUCCACGCAGCCCAUCGCCAGCCUGGACUGGAGCCCCGACAAGCAGGGCCUGUGCGUGUGCUCGGGCUUCGACCAGACGGUCCGCGUGCUCAUCGUCACCAAACUCAACGUGGCGUGAAGACGCAGACCGAGACAGAGACGGUCCAGAUCGCCACGAGACACAAACAGGAAGUGAAUCACUUCUGUGAGGCUCACUCGUCUUUUAUUAGAAGACAACGACGUCCUCCUGCAGGUCCUGGUGGCGGUCCAUCCAGAAAACCAUUUUACUAAAUGAACUUGAGAUCCUCUGUUGUUCCGUUGUCUCUUAAAUGAGUUAACCUGUAGUGCAGAGAAAUAUUCCUGUAACACGAUUCCCCAUAUUAUUAAAAAGCCUUUAUUGGGAAGAAGAAAUGAGUUUUGGAAGAAGACUUUGGGAUCAAGAUUUAAUUUCUGUAUCUCUCUUUUGUUGCAUUGUUGGCCGAUGUUCUUCUUCUUCUGUUUUGUUGAAGUUGUCACUUUUAAAAUGUUUUUUAUUGAGAAAUUAAAUGUGCCUUUUGGAGAAAACACUUGUUAUGAAUGUCUCCUUUAAUGUCAAGAGGAUUACUGUAUGAACA